AUGUCUCCGCUCCUCUUCCUGGCGGCUCUUCCGCUCGCCUCGGCCUUCCUCCUCGAGGGGUCGUCCACCUCUUACGCGCAGUUCAGGAAGUGGAAUCCCGGGCUCAAUGGUUCCCUCGAGCUCGAGUUCAAGACCGAACAGCCCAACGGCCUACUCCUAUACACCGACGACGGUGGAACUUACGACUUCUUCGAGGUCAAGUUGGUCGAAGGAGCCCUGCGGCUGAGGUACAACCUUGGCGGUGGGGCACAGAUACUCACCGUAGGCCGCGACCUCGCUGACGGUCACUGGCACAAGGUCCAGGUCAAGCGGGACGGCGAAAAGACGUCGCUGACUGUGGAUGGAGAAACGCAGAUCAAGUCUUCUAGGGGUAAGGAGUUCUUCUUUGGCAGGCUGUCAUCCAACUCGGAUGUGUACGUCGGGGGCAUGCCGUCCUGGUAUAACACCAAGCUCACGCUGUUGGCUUUGCCAAGCGUCAUUUUUGAGCCGAGAUUUGGAGGGGCUGUGAGAAAUCUAGUGUAUUCGGAUGACGAAUCUCCACUUCCUAGGCGACAGGAGAUACGCAUGAAGGACCACAAGGUAAAUUUUCAGAAAAUAGAAAUAGCAUGA